GCACUCGUCAGGAUGGCACUCGUCAGGAUGGCAUUCAUCAAGAUGGCACUCAUCUGACGUUGCCAUGCUUCUUGAGCCCCCAUAUGUCGGCGCUGUUCGUUUUGCCAACAUAUUUCAUCGGUUUUGUCGAUGCAGCAGGCCCUUUUUUCCCUUUUAAAUUGCUUUUUGUCUGCCUCUACUGUAUUGCUAGUCUCCUUCCUUCCGCCGCCCGCACUGGCGGGUCUCUCAUUGGCUGUCCCUGGUUGCAGCAAGUUUGUUCGCUUUGGUCAUUUCCUUCCCAUCUUCGCCUCGUUGCUCUCUCGUUUGUCUGAGCCUCUCGAUACAUACACUCCCCUGCCUCUAUAUCCGCUUGCGAUCAACAGCGCCACAAGAAGCUCUACAGUCUAUCCAGAAGAAACGGGCCAGUUCCUUCCUGGCUUCAGAGGCCUGAACCCCGCUGACUGACUGUCGGCCCAGCGGGCAGGCCAUGGCAUUGCACUCCUGUCUUCGUUGGCAAUCGCUUUGUUUUGGUUGGUUUCGGGAGCACAGCCUUGAAUACACAUGGCCGAUCUCCUGUGGCGAUGAUCGACUGGCAUACCGAGA